UGAAGAGUCCUGGAGAUGAUUGAAAUAGCCUGGCCAGCCCCAGAGUGGAGUGUAGAACUCCCUGGAGACAAGGGCUCCAUCGACAUUCUCCCCACCUGGGCAGCCCAAAGAGCAGCAAGACUCACAGAGGCACAACGUCAUCCAUGGAUGCACAGGCACUGAGGAAGAGGCUUGGCCGGGCCAGUAGCGAGGCAGCCCGCAUCCUCCUGGACAGCCUCCUGCUCUAUGUCCUGAACCACACCAAAGGGCCCCUGAAGGCCAUGGACGGGAUGCACAAGGCCAGCCACUCAGCCUUGCUCCUAGAGGCCAGCCGGUGGCCCACACGCUUCCAGCUUCUGCAGGCCAAGUUCAUGGGCAGGGGAAGGGAACCCCCACUGAAGAGGACCCGGGAGGUGGGCCGGCUGAUCUCCAAGGACAGGCAGGGGCCUGGCAGAAGCUUCGUGAAUGCCACCAUCAGCCAGCUGCUGGAAAAGGCCCAGGGGAACACCAGCAGCCCCAGCCAGAAGCCGGCGGCCCGAGAGAAACCCCGCUGGGGCCCCGGGGGGAAGAGCACUGUGAAGAACAUCUUGAAGAAGUUCCUGGCUGUGGAGGAGAAGGAGGCCAAGGAACAGCCUCCCAACCCGAGGCCUGGGGCUGCCAGGGGGCCCCUGCCAAAGGUGGCCGGGAGAAGCACCAUCCUGACCAAACUUCGAGAGAGAUUUGAGCAGAGUGGCUGCCUCCAUGCAGAGGCCAGGGUGCUGCCACUGCACAAGGAGGAUCGUAGGAGCCGGGCCCUACAGAGGAGGACACACCGGCCAGAGGUCCGAAUGCUCCACACGGCCACCAUGGCUACCAGCUGCACUAGGACGCCCCCAGCCCGCUUUCUGGCCUGCACAGCUGAACCCCUGCCGGCCCUCAGCAUCGCCACUGUGGUGAGCGGCCCCCGCAGCUGGCUGUCCCGCUGCGCCAAGAUCAGUCACUUGGAUGCCAGGCGUCAGGCCAAGUCAGAGGCCAGUCUGUCCCAUAGUGCGGGGCACACAGAACCUGGUAGGAAUGAAACCCCAGGAAUGGAGCUCCUAAGUGAGGGUUCCAGGGCACAGUGGGAGCCCUCAAAGUCCUCUAUGCCCCAGGCCAUGGCUCCUAGGGCCUCCCAAGUGGCUCUGAGCACACCAAGUGCCCCCCAGCCAGAAUUCACUUGUGUUUCCCCCAAAGACAGAGCCCUUCCCAGCCACCCACCCUCUGCGGCCCUGCUCAGUUCAGCCAGCCCUAGGGAUGCUGGGCCAGCUUCAGGGGACAGGAUAGUGGAACCAGAGGCUGAAGGGGCUACAGACCAAAUCUGGGGGGUAGAAGAAAGCACAGGGGAGGGCCCCCAAGUCACCAUGACCAUGUACAGCUCUGAGGAUGAGUCAGAAAGUGUUCUUCCAGUCUUUGAGAAGGAGUUCCUCUUUGCCACCCAGAGGUGGCUGCCCAAGCUCCAGCAGGAGCCUGAGGCCUGUGUCCCCUCAGCUCCUCCAGCCGUUCGGGUGGUGCAGUGCACACAGCCUGGCAUGGCAUCGCCACAGAUAACUGUGCAGCUUCCUGUUGUCCUGGAAAUGCCAGCCCCACCUGUGCCCCAGCCCAGCACACUGAGCCAUGAGGCCUGCUGUCCUCUGGUGUCACAAGAAGAGGCUGUGGUGGACAGGGUGGCCCCUGGCCCUGUGGCAGGGGACAGGAGGGAUGCCCCAGCCCUGGUAAGGCUGAGCAGGACAAGCCAGGUGCCAGAGAGCACCCUGUCUUCAAAGUCGGGACCACAGGGAUUCCUGAGAGAUACUGCUGGCAUGGACCCCACUGUCCCACAGACAGUCCUGAUGCUGAAGCCCCCAAGUUCUCCUGCUGGAAAGGGGAACCCCUGCAGCUGUCUUGGGCCUUCAAGACCCACCAUCUCUAAGUAUGGUGGUGAGACACAUCUGUUGCCAGAAUCCAAUGAAGCAUGGAUGCCUAGUAAAGCCCGCUCGUGCCAUCAUCCCCCAGCACGGGAAAGCGGUCCAGCAGGGAGCUCCCACCCUGCCCCUGCCCCUGCCCCUGCCCCUGCCCACCUGCCAGGGUUGGGUCCCCAGGAGGGAAGAUCCUUGCUGGCAGCACUCCAGGAUCACAGCCAGCCUAAGAAUUGCCCCUUCAUGGACCAGAGAACCCACUGUGGGCAAGAAGAGCAUCCCAGGCGCCCUACUGAGCUGGCUUCCCCUCCAGGGAUGACCCCGGGAAAUACCAGCCAUGACUCAGACAAGAACGAAUCGUCCUUCCUGGGUGACCAGCCCGAGACAGGCAUCCUGGCCUCCAGGGAGACAUCAGCUGUAGGGACUGUCCGGGAGGACACAGUGCCACUGGCAGGCACCCAGAAAGCACCACGGGUGGCUACCCCAAUGGCACCACAGGCCAGUGCCCCGGCCCCAAGAAACAAAACAGCAGAGCUGACCACUUUGGAUGAGGAAGGAAGCAGAGCGCCACCAGCAUGCCCCUGUGCCACCGUGGGAGAGGGUCUCUCCCAGGCGCUGGCACCAAGUGGGCCCUCAAUGCACAGGGUAGGAGCUGCAGCAGGGGAGACUCUGGACCCAGUCCAGCACCAGGCCUCCACGUGGGUCCCCCCUGUCGUGCACCCAGAGGACACAGCUCACCCCCAUCAGGCACUCACAGCACCCAGCCUGUGUGCUCCAAACAAUUCAGGAGCCAGUAAUCCUAGGGCAUCCACAGGGGACAAGGACAUCCAUGCCACAGAACAGGACACUCUGCACCAUGGUGUGACUUCCCAGAAACUGGCCACCAGGCACUCCCAGGAGUCUCCACGCUGGCCCUGCACAGAGCCUCCAUCUGGCACAGUGCGUUCCUCUAUACAUGCCACAGGCCCAGCUCCCACAGGGGAAGCCUGGCUCACCCAGCCAGCCCCAGAGCACCCUGCCCCUGACCAGCAGGCAGAGCCCAGGGCUGUGCCCCAGGCAAAGCGCUCAGGUCCCACCCCAGCCAGUCUGGGGCCACCAGAGGGUCACCAUGGACCUGUGUGCUCACAGCAGGCAGGACAGAGUGAUGAUCCUCAAACGAUGGCCAUGCCUUUGGGGGGCCAAGGGGUUAGGGAAUUCGAGCUAAAGCCUUGGGCAGCUAAGAAGCUGGCAGGGAGUGAGAAGCCAGCAACCAGGGAGGAGCCAGGCCCUGUUGGGACCCAGGUCGAGGAGCAUCCGCCAGGGCCCAGGAUCAGGCAGGUGGGCAGCCUGGCCUGGGGAAAUGGCACACGGACUGCAGAAAGUCCUGUUACACAGGACAGAGGCCAGGCCAGGGGGCCAGCACCCCAGGCCAGCGUCCAGCCUAGCAGCACAGCCAAGGGAGCAUCCACUGCCAACAGGGAACCCUCAGUGCCAGCCCCCAGCACUGGCACCCAAGGCAACCCAGGCAUUGGGCGCCCCUCCCGAGGAGAUGAGAGUGCAGUGACCUGUCCCCCAGAGCCAAUGCACAGCCCUACCCUGCUUACACCAGACCUGAGGAGCCACCAGGACCCCCAACCCCAGCCUGAAACAGGGGCAGAGAGGGACUGGCCAGAUUUCCAGCGGCAGCGGAGACUGGCGCACUUCACCAAGUACAAAGCCCAGAGCUUCAGUGACCAGAAAGCCUUCGACCUGUCCUUCAGACCCAUGAUCCUCAGGGCGAGUGACACUUUCGAGGCCCCAAAGUGAGAGCCCAGCUGGGACCCCAGCACCUCAGCGCCUCAGAGUGGAGCAGGUGAUCCCUACUUCCAGGUGCUCCCUGAAGAGAUGUCCACGCCCAUCUCCUGUCCUCCCUCUCUACCUCCUCCUGCCUGGCUCAGCCUCAAGCUGACCUGGAGAGUGCAGCUUCCUCCAGCCCCAUGUUCUCUUCUCAGGAUGUGGAAGAUGCCUGGUCAGGUCUGCUGGCUGUCCGUGGCCCUGUGCCUCCAGGGGCCUCAUGUUUGAUCUGUGUUGUCCCCAGGAGGGUGCAGCUCCACACACAGCCAUCUCCUGUGUCCUCCUUGUGUUCUGGGGCCUUGCUCCUGCCUCUGCCCACUCUGUGUACCCCAAACCACAGGUAUGUCUGGGCAGGGAGUCAGAGGCUACAACAGGACCCUGGGGCCUCGGUCAAGACCUGCUGGCCCCCACCACAGACCAUGGGAGUCACCCCACAAGGAACAGAAGUUGCCACCAUGGUGUCUGCCCAACCCCAGCCACAGCUGCUCAAAGGGCAGCAGGCAGGAGCGCGCCCUUGCCAGACAGUGGUCACAGAGCCCUGCCAGCCAAGGCCACUGCCCCUGGUGCUCCCAACCCAGCUGCUGCCUGAGUCAUGUGCAGAUCCAGCCGUUUCCAGGUACCUGGAGUAUUUCUCUUAGGGGUCACUGGUCACCACAUGACCCCCUGAUGGGGCCUGCAGCAGAGCUCCGGAUCCACCCCUGCGGAUCAGUUACUGCUUUGCAAAGACCUAGUUUGCAACUAAGCAGCCCUUCUUUCUGUCUUUUUUCCAGUACUAGGAAUGGAACCAGGAUCUUUGUGUUGAGCUGCAUUUCCAACCUUUUACAAAUUUUUUAUUUGAGACAGAAUCUUACUAAGUCAUCACAUAUCCCAAAUUGGGCUGGAACUUGCCAUCUCCCUGCCUCAGCCUCCCAGAGUACUGGAAUUACAGGUCUAUGCUACCACACUUGGCUGUAGCGGAGCAAUUUCUUCAGACACAGCUUGUCAUGGAGAACCUGCUGUACACUCAGUGCCCUCCCUGGUUUUCAGAUCUGAUAUCCACCUGGAGAAUUGCAUUUUCGGGGCCUGCUCUGAAAAGGCAUCUGGCAAGAGCGUCCCGCCCUAGGGAGGCUGUGUGGCCUGAGGAGACUCCAGGCCACAUGAGUCUCUACCGGGAUCCAAGGGCCACUGUCCAGGACAGAAUCAUGCAUUUCCCUCUGUCCUCCCCUCUCCAGUCAAUCCAUUAACCUGGCUAACUGGAAAUGUCUCACCCACAAAGACAGGCAGAGCUAGGGCCAGUGCCCGGCAGCAAGCCAGUGUGUGUUAGCUUGCUGGUCGCAGGCCUCACUCCUGCAUCCACUGUCUGGCAGCCUAGCAGCACAGGUGCUGGGCAUCCUGCUCCUUGGUGCCCAGGGCAGGCUGCAUGGAGCUGUGUGGCCCUGGCCAAAAUCACUCCUGGGUCCCUUGGAGGAGCCGGAGGCACCAUGCACAGCCCUGCACCUGCUUUCUGUCUUCACACUUUGUUCAGCAAGGAUGUGAGGCAAUGACUCAGCCUGGAGGCCUGGAGAGCAGCCCCGCCCCCAUGUCAGGAUCCAGUGGCUCCCAGGACAGCCAGUGGGACCCCAAGACGCUGCCCGUCAUGGCCAGAGCACCACAGGGCACUGCACCACUCCCUUUCAGGGAGAGCUGAGCACCCCUGAGGGCAGAGGCUCCUGUGGGACAUACUGCCCUUGCAGCAGGGGCAGGGAGCACUCCUGGGUGGAUAUUAAAUGAGACUUAAAAGUUAAACAGAAAAAGGGAAAUCGUCUGCUCCAGCCUGACACCCGCCCUCCCACCAGCUGCAGGACUGGCUCCCUGGUGGAGGCUCCCUGCAGGGUGUAGCUCCCCCUGCCCUGUGCAUCUGGGCGUGUGCAGGGCGCACAAGGAAGCGGCACCAAGGGCUCCAUGAUGAUGUCGCAUGAGGGUCUCUGUCAAACACUGUUCCUCCUAAAAAUGCGUCCUGGGCAGUGUUCCUAGCCGAGCUGUGCUCAUUGACUGUGUCACCCGCAGCUGUGCAUCUGUCUUUAUCAACAACUCUAGCAUGGAUUGGUCAGAAAAAAGUAACCACGUGGAGUUUUUGUAUUUUCUCUUUUGAAUUUUUACUAACUUUGCAACAUUGGAAACACUUUCAAGGAAAAGGAAAUAAAGUUCAUUUCCCAUUGCAGACCUCUGGGCACCUGUAAGAGCUACAGAAAGGAGGCAGGUGCCCCUGUUGGGAGCAGACACAGCCAGGCCUGGGCAAAGAGGGUCAGGUCAGCUCUUAGGGUGUGGGGGAGGCGCGGAGGAGGACCCCAGUGGGAGCACUGGGGAGGAGAUUCGUGAUGCUCUGGGUUCCUCCCUGGGUCUAGUUAGGAGUUGGCGUGGCUGCUCCGAGGAGUGGUCACUCUGAGGUGGGCUGUGGGCCUCGCUGGGCUCUGGGCUCUGAGAAUGCCCAAGGCUCCAAAGCAGGCAAAGAGCAGCCCCUGAGCCAGUCCAUCAUGCAGCAUGGCCAUGUUUACCCUUCUGUCUGACUCCUGCUCUUCUCACCUAGGAGGACACCUGCCCAGGCAAGUGCUUCCUGAAGGACCGGCUCUGCCUGCUUUCCAGAAGGGUCAGGAGCAGGCGGGACACUCACUUUCCCCAUUAGGCCAUGCAGUACCAGAAAGCCAGAUAAAACCUCAGGACAGAGUCUAAGUCCUCUGUUCAUCUGAAUUCUGACACUGUCUUUCCAGGAGGCUGUGGGCAGCAGUGCCCUGUGCAUGUGCGGUGCUGGGUCGCUGGGCUGUGCUGGGUCACUGGGCAGCCCUUCAGGGACUCUCAUGGGGCUGUAGCACCACAGCUAGGCAGAGGCGAGUGGGGCAGUGCCCUUGCUGUGCCUGACACCUGCUGGGACCAGUUGUCCCUUUGUGCAAACCAGCAGGGGGUGCUCUACCACUGAGCUCUCUCCUGGUCCUUCUUGUGUCUUACUUUGAAGCAGGGUCAUGCUAAGUUGCCAGGCAACGUCUUUUUUUUUUUUUUUUUAAAUAUUUCUUUUUUAUUUUAAAGGGAAUAAAACAAGCAAAGAAAAAAUAAAACAGAAUAAAGCCAAUCAAAACAAAACAAUGAAAGCUAUACAGAACUUCAAAACAAGGUAAUAGGAAAUCAACAAUGACUACAACAAUAUAUCUUGUCUUUGAAAUAUCUUCCCAUGCCAUCAGAUAUAACAAAGUUAAAAAAAGAGAGGCUAAAACCAAACCAAACAGUGAAAAUGGUACAGAACUUUAAAACAAGAUAAUGGGAAAUUAAAAAUGCCUACUACCUUCAGAAGGAGAUCCCUAUAGUUGCUAUAUUGCAUACUGUUAUCCUCUAAAUAGAUGCUCAGACUGCAGGCAUUAGGCCUGAGAAGUCAGUCAGACAGUGCAGGCUUUAAGUUCUGUUUUGCUUCAGCAGCUGUCAUCUCAGUCUGCGCUCCUCUGAAUCGGUCAGUCACUUAUGGAGGGUGGGAGGGCUCAGCACUUCUUGUCCCCCAGCUAAGGUGCUGACUGGCUCUUAGGAAGGGGUUGGUUUCUUCCUGGUUCUCUUCUCAUAGCUAGCACUGACUCACAGGAAGUGAGGGGCUUGGCUUGCAACCACUGCUGGCUUACAGGAAAGGGUGGCUCCUUCUUUGUUCUUUCCCAAGACCCAUGGUGAGCAAUGGCUCACUGGAAGGGGGUCUCCUGGGCAAUAUCUUGAACUUGUAAUUCUCCUACCUCCGCCUUCUCAGUGCUGGGCCACAGGCAUACACACCUGAGUCAUGCAGCUUUCUGGUCAUACAUACUUGUCCACUACCUGCUCAGGUAACAAAAAACUAACUUGUAAGGGGAGGCCCUGCUUGUCACGUGACAUAGUUAUCCCUUCUUCCAAGACAAGGCCUCAGGGCCAACCUGUGAGUCCGUGGUGGGAGGGGUGUGGGAUGUGCAGGACAGAAGACAGCCCAGGGUAACUAGAAUGUGGCUGUGCACUGGAGUCACCCUGGGGCCUCUGUCUGCAGGGCGAGGUGGCACACAUCGUGGUUUCAACAUGCUGGGAGGCUGAGACAAGAGAAUCACAAGUUCAAGCCCAGCUUGGGAAACUCUCGAGACCCUGUCUCAAAAUAAAAAUCUAAGAAAGGGCUGGGGAUGUUCUCAAUGCAAAGGCCCUUGGUUCAAUUCCCACGUGGUACCAAAAGAAACAAGAGGCAAAGGCAAGGGGAGGAGGCUUCUGUCUCAGCCUGGAAGGGUGGACCGAGGCUCCAAAGCCAAGGAGCUUAUGUUUCCAGGCAGCUCCAGUGGGCAGCCAUGGGGGAAAUACAGUUAAAAAUGAUUACUUUCAAGCCAGAAAAUGAGUUCAUGAAGGUGGAAGAGAAAGAAGAAUAUCUUAUUGUUGCAGAAAAACCCUGGAUUGAAAGGAAAACACUUCACGCUGAGGAGUUUGGAAGGCAGCUUGUCUAUUAAUGCCAAUGGGCUGGAACUGAGUCAGACCAAAUCACCACCCCAGGUCAGUUUAGAGUUCCGUUUAAAUGUAUUUAGCGAGCAGGAAGUACAAAGCUGAUGACAGGUUAUUACCUGAUUAGAUGGCAGGUUAUUACCUGAUUAGCUACGUGUAUUAAGUCCUAUGUUGUCAGGCAGAUUUCUUUUAAGCAGUUUUACUUAUAAGAAUUGUUUAUCGGGGCUGAGGAUUUAGCUCAGUGGCAUAAGCGCCUGCCUUGCAAGCAGGCAGUCAUGAGUUCGAUCCCCGGUACCGAUAAAAAGUAAAAAGACCAAAAGAAAAAAAAAAAAAAAGAAUUGUUUAUCACAAGGCAGGAGCAUCCUGGGAGAGAGGAAGGAGGGUAUCAGGGGAGCAAAGAGAGUUAAAUGCAUCCUUGACUGGGCCAGUCUGUCCCAGACAUGGAACCCUGGAAAAAUGACAUAUGUUUCUAGGUAGGAAGGCACAGACAUUACCGCAGGACACAGCCCAGUUGGCUUAGUGUGCUUCUGGGAGAAGCAGCUGGCUGCAGACAGUCAAGGCCGACUCAGCCUGACUAUGAUGGCAGGCGUGUGCAGCCACAGGCCCUGAAUUAAUGGUUAACUUCUAAUAUAAAAUGUCUAGAAGGCAGCUGUUCUAUAACCACCUUUAGAUUAUGACUGAGGAAGUGUCAGCGCUCCGAAAGGGCCAUGAGAGGACAGGUGCUCUUCCUGCAGAGGUGAAGCCCUGUGUCUUCCCCAGGGGUCCGAGCUGCCUCUGGAGCAGAGCUCUGGGACCCCAUGGGCUCCAGAGCCAGGCUCCCACCCCACUGCUCCAUACCCAGCAAGCCCUUGAGGGUGCAGCUUCCCAGGGGUUUCCAGGCAUCAAAGUGGUGAGGACAUUUGCCCAACAUGUCCCCUCUCAGCAGCAAGGAAGCUCAGAAUGUGUCUCUCUGGACUAACUGGUAAGCACAGAGCUGCCGAAGUCUGUGCUCUGGGGUCUGAAUGCCCUCCUGCUGCUCCAACUCUAGCUUCCAGUAGGCAUUUUACAAUGAACCUGCUAAAAGCUGCUUCCCAACUGAGACUAUCAGUGUUCAGCUGGUGCAUGUAAAACCCUUUCUGCUCAGCAGGGGCACUGUGCACCUGUCUUCCUGGCCCUGGAUUGCUGGCUGUCCAGGCUGUCAGGGGAUCUCCACAGGGGCAAAGAUCUCCCCAGACCUGCAGGUCACAAGGAUGCAGGGAACUUCAAAGGGAAACAGCCAGAAACAGGACAGACUUGUUCUUUCUGGGCCAGUAGCCCGCUGGAGACAGCUUGUCCUUUUGGAAUCUGGGUCCCUGAGGCCCGAGCCCAGGAUAUGGUGGCAAGUGGUGCAGCAAGGCGGGUGCAAGGGCGGCACUAAGGUGAGGCCGUCCCUUCUCAGAGAACACCUACCUUCCUUUCAGAAAGAGGGCUCCGUCUGCCCUGAGGGUGACUCUGCACACAGCCUUCAUUACUCUUUCUGUCCCUGCAGUUUUGUCAUAGGUAACUAAGUGAGAUAGAAAUAUUGUAGGCAGUCGGACAGGGCUGGGCCUUCCAAGGAUCCAGUUGCAGAAGACCAGGUACCUUGCAACUGUAGAGGAGACAGAUACCUCUGCUUCUGGCCAGACCUCAAGACCAAGGAUAGAACAAAUGCACCCACAUUCUUCCUAAGGGUAAACAUCAGGGAUUGAUAUGCUAACUAUGUUCGGUCACCUUGAGGAAGCCAGCAAGAGCCACUAACCCACUAAUUUUCCCUGAAGGAAGAGCUCAGAGCUCACGCCUGCUUGCUAUCAUUUGAUCUCUGUUUAUGUUAGGUCUCUGAACUAGACUCCGCCCAACUAAGAGAGAAAAGCUCCCCAAACAGAUCUGUUAUUCGCACCUAGUCGGGGCAUAGUAACAUUCAACAGGAAGCUGGCAGCUGCCCUGCACAAACUCAACCUCAAAGAGCUGGUUCCAUGAAAAACCGCAAGAGACAUGCUGUGCCCGCCAGCACCCGCUGUACCCAACCCUACCACCCAGUCUUAGCCCCUCUACUCAGAGACCCAAAACUGUGCAAUCCCCAAGCAAUACCUCCCUCCCCUACCUAUAAAAUAUAAAAAAUGUACUCCCCUAUAAAAAUAUACCUUCACCCCUUGCUUGGGCCAAUGGUCAUUUCGCCCUUGGCCUGACCGCACCCAGUCAGCAAUAAAGUCUUCACACAUUGCUUCAA